AAGGGGGAGGAGGAGGAGACUCGGCCGGCAGCGCCCCGGCCCGCGAGGGCUCCUGCACCGCUGCGCCGACACCGGUCCCCUGACGGUGAUGGCCAUGCCCUAGAGGAGACCCACCAUGAGCCAAAGUGGGGCCUCGCGCCUGGCCGGCUCCCCGCCGCUGCCGGGGGGUUCGCUGCUGGCUCUGCUGGCCCCCGAGCCCUCCCCGUCACCCCCCAGCGGGACACCCUCACCCGGUCCCCCUCCAGCAUUGCUGGAAGGGGACUGGGAAGGGCGGGAGGAGCUGCGGCUGCGGGAGCUGGAGGAGGCGCGGGCACGGGCAGCCCAGAUGGAGAAGACGAUGAGAUGGUGGUCGGACUGCACGGCCAACUGGCGGGAGAAAUGGAGUAAAGUGCGGGCUGAGCGCAACCGGGCACGCGAAGAGGUGCGGCAACUGCGGCAUCGCCUCGAAGCCCUCACCAAGGAGCUGGCUGGGCUGCGCCGUGACCGUGACCGGCCAGAGGAGCGCCCGCCGGCACGGCUUCACAGCCAACCCAGCACCAGCAGCCCACCCAGCAUCGACGGGACGGAGGGAGAGGCUGACCCCGAGCGGGAGCCUGUGCGGGAUGUGGGGGCUGAGGCACCCCAAAAAGCCAAGGAGCUGGAGCUGAUGGAAAACAUCUUGACGAGCAAGCAGGAUGAGAGCUGGGAGCAGCGGGGCCCCCGGGCCUCCUUCAGCCGCCAGGAGCGGAGCCGCCUGCUCUGGGAAGACGUCAGCGUCAUGGAAGAGGAUGCCACCAAAGUCACCGCUCUGAAGCUGAGGCUGGAUGAGUCUCAAAAAGUACUGCUCAAGGAGCGGGAGGACAAGCUGGCACUGAGCAAGAACAUCGAGAAGCUGGAGGGUGAGCUCAGCCAGUGGAAGAUCAAGUAUGAGGAGCUCAACAAGAACAAACAGGAGGUGAUGAAGCAGCUCAACAUCCUGAAGGAGAUCCACCAGGAUGAGCUAGGGCGCAUCUCCGAGGACCUGGAGGAUGAGCUGGGUGCUCGCUCCAGCAUGGACAAGAAGCUGGCUGAGCUGCGUGCAGAGAUGGAGCGGCUGCAGGCAGAGAAUGCAGCUGAGUGGGGCCGGCGGGAGCGACUGGAGACAGAGAAGCUCAACCUGGAGCGUGAGAACAAGAAGCUGCGGGCGCAGAUUGAGGACCUGGAGGAAGUGCUGGCUCGCAAGCGGCGCCAGACAGCCAGUGCCCUGGACACCGACCUCAAGACCAUCCAGGGCGAGCUCUUUGAGAAGAACAAGGAGCUGGCUGACCUGAAGCACAUCCACACCAAGCUGAAGAAGCAGUACCAGGAGAAGAUGGCUGAGCUGGCCCAUGCCAACCGCCGUGUGGAGCAGCACGAGGGCGAGGUGAAGAAGCUGCGCCUGAGGGUGGAGGAGCUGAAGAAGGAGCUGGCCCAAGCUGAGGAUGAGCUGGAUGAGGCCCACAACCAGACGCGGAAGCUGCAGCGGUCGCUGGAUGAGCAAACGGAGCAGAGCGAGAGCUUCCAGGUGCAGCUGGAGCAUCUGCAGUCCCGGCUGCGGCGGCAGCAGAGCACUCCGCUUUUCGGCAAGAUGCGCAGCGCCCGCUUCGGCCCCGACGACACUGGGGACGGCACCAGCGACCCCGACGAGGAUGAGGACCUGCAGAUCCAGGUGCCCUAGAGCCCAGGGCCAGGUGCCACCACCGUGGAGACGUCUGCGUACAAGUGCCUGUAUGGUUGAGGAAACUGAAACAUGGAGCAGUGAGGAGGAAUUUGGCCAGGGAUGCUCCAAGCCCACUGCCUUUCGGACAGUAUCCAAUGCUCCUCGGCCACUGGCAUCUCCUGGGACACAGAUGUGGCCACUAAAGCCAUCAUCCCUGAGCAGCCUAAGAGGAGGAAGCACAGGGCAGAUUGAGGUACCAAGCCCUGCAGCCAGCCACACUCUCCUACCGACAUUUUUCUAUGUAUAUUAUAUAUAUGUAUGUAUUUGUAUAUGAUUUUUUUUUCUAAGUAAAGAGCCCAGAGAGGCCCAGGCUGUGGUGGUGGUGGGCUGCUGCUCUGGCUGGACAUGGAAGCGUGGAGAAGGAUGCUGUUAGGGAAAUGUGGCAUCUCCCCACAAGCCACACACAGGGCUGUGUGGCUGCUGGUGUCACCCUGCUGCCAUCUCUGCCCUCACACGUGGGGAUGAGCACAGCUGCUGGGUGAAGCCCGUACCUGAGAAGCAAGAAGUGGGGGCUGCACGGUGGCCAUCAGUGCUUGUGGCCACAGAGGUGCCUUUGUCUGCAGGGUUGUGGUGAGCAGGCAGGGGUGCUCACCCAUGGGAUGUGGAGGAGCGCUCACCUAUGGAGGCAGAGAUGCUCACCCUGGGGAGGUGCAGGGGUGCUUGCCCAUGGGUGCAAAGUUACUCACCCUGGGGAGGUGUAGGGUGCUCACCUGUGGUUGCAGAGCUGUUCGUCCUGGGGAGGUACAGGGGUGCUCACACGUGGGAGCAGAGGUGGUCACUCGUGGGUGCAGGAGUACUCACCCAUGGGUGCAAGGGUGGUCACUGGUGGGUGCAGAGGUGCUCAUCCUGGGGAGGUGCAGGGAUGCUCACCCGUGGGUGGAGAGGUGCUCAUCCUGGGGAGGUGCAGGGAUGCUCACCCGUGGGUGGAGAGGUGCUCAUCC